ACAGAGGAUUUACUUCUCAGAAGUUGGGCAAGCUCCAGCUCCACCAGUACACAAAUGGUAGACCACCGAGCUCUGACCAAGAGGAAGUUUCAAAAACAACUCUCCUUCAACAAGUUCUGUUUCCAAGGAAAGUGUUAACCAUUUGUCCCUUCUGGCGUACCCUCUUCCAUUGAAAUCCAUGCAGAAUAGUCCAGGUACUCUAUCUUUUUGUGUGUGAAGCCAUAAAAUCUAAUAUUGAGUAUGUGGCGGUGCUCAGAGGUAUGAUUCUUCCACAAGAGGCUCCCUCAGCCCUGCUGUGGUAAAAACCAAGUAUAAAUUGCCGCUAACAGGGUUUUCUAGCUAGAGUCGUAAGUAUGUCUGAGCAUCCCCUGUGAAUUAUAAUGCUGCCAGCUCUCUUGCUGCUCCUCUGCAUUGCCUGCCUUUUGGCUGUUUUGCUUGUCCUCAGGCCCUCCAUCAGAGUGCAGGCAGGGGAAGGAGACAGAAGUGAAUCCAAAGUCAGUCCGCUCUGCGUUUGCCUCGCAGCACCGAUGAGAACAUAGAUGGGGACAAGGACUGACACAGGACUGCACACAAGGGCAGGGUGAGAGGGACAGUGGUCCCUCCUCCUCUGCCUGCUGUCCCCAUGGCCAGUGCCCCUCCCUGGGCUCCUGAAGAGCCCCCUGUGUUUCAUUUCUGUAGAAUUCUCACUGCGUUGGGCAGCUUUUUCCCUUUCAUUUACCUUGGGGGGAGGGUGGAUAUUGGAUGCUGAUUCAAGUUGGAUUCUUUGAAUUCAUAACUAGCUACAGUCCCCAGAUUUAUCUUGUGCUUGAAGCUAUUAGCCAGAGUACUAUUUUGAGAUCCCCUGUGGACUCCUUUUAUCCAUGUGUUUAUCUGUUCCCUAAAAUAUCAUUGGGGGCACCUGGUGGCUAAGUCGUUUGAGCGUCUGACUUCAGCUCAGGUCAUGAUCUCACAGUUCGCGAGUUCGAGCCCCAUAUUAGGCUUGCUGCUGUCAGCAUGGAGCCUGCUUUGGAUCCUCUGUCCCCCUCUCUCAGCCCCACCCUGCUUGUGCUCUCUCUCUAUCUCUCAAAAAUAAAUAAACUUUAAAAAAUAUUUCAAAAAAUGAAGUAUAAUUGAAGAUCUGCUGUCAUCAGAUCCAAGAAUGGAGGAGGAAUCGCCCAAACCGGGCUGUCAGACGCUCAGCUGUCUAACUGUGCUUUCCAGGCUGUGGUGUCGACAAGUGCCAUCGCUCUGCUUUCUCUUAAUGGCUGUUGGGUACUUGCUUCUGAGAACAAUGUAUAGAUGUACAUUGGCUCUAAUCAAUCUUCCUGAGCCAAGUUGCCAUUUCUCCAACCGUGUUCAGCCGGAGUCCUCCAAGAAGAAAGUGGGCCCUUCCCUUCAAUGGGCAAAGAGCCAGCUUCCAUUUCAAAACCUCUUAGGAAAAAAAAAAAAAAUCCAACAAGCCAGAGCCUGUGUUUAUUGAAGGUUGGUCUAAAAGUCUGUCAUACUGAAUGCCCCACCAGUACCCAAGUGCCUCUAUUUUAGAAGGAUGUAAAGGUUUAAUCACCCUGGUGGGGAUUUAGACCCAGAGACUUCAGAGAAAUCUUAUUAUUUCUAACUGCAGGCAAAGAGUAUUAAGGCUUCACUCUGCAUCAGGGGCAUGACAUGUUCUAUAAGUAAUUUAUCUUUAAUAGGGGAAGGCCCUUACUAGAGUGUCUUAGAAACAGUGCUGUGAUUGGGCCCUGGUUCCCCGUGCCCCCUUUCUCUUUCCCCUCAUGCCUCCUGCUUAUUCUUUCUGUCCCUACCCUUUCCUGCCCAGUGUAUCCAGUGUUGAAAUGCUUGCCUCACAAAUCCUCCCUUGAACAUGGGGAGCCUCCCUUUAACCUGCUGGUCAAUGAGAGAUAAUAAUGUUUUUGCAAUGAAUGACCUCAUCCAGCAGCCUGAUGUAGACCUGUCAACUGCAGACUUCUGAAUGGACCCUAAAUGUAUCCUCUCAAAUAAGGAGCUGAGGGGAAGGGGAGAGUGUGCUCGGGGCUCCACAGGUACUCAGGUCUUUGCUGUUAGACAUGAAGUAAUUUAGGGCCAUCCUCAACCCUGUCCCCUGCCCCAUUGUACCUCCAGAGGCUGCUCCACCAAAGGCCUGUGAAUCUAUGUGCACAUCCAUUCAGAUGUUGCUGCAUAUAUGACUUCAUUUGCAUGGACCCCUCCCAAGCCCACGCCCUUGCUUAGCUCCCUGGGUCCUGCCUUUCUGGUGCUGAGGCAGGAGGACGUCACAGAGAUGGGCAGCAGUGAGCCCCUUCCUAUUGCAGAAGGUGACAAGAGGAAAAAGAAGAAGCGGAAGGCCCGGGCCACUGACUCCUUACCAGGAAAGUUUGAAGAUAUGUACAAGCUGACCUCUGAAUUGCUUGGAGAGGGAGCCUAUGCCAAAGUCCAAGGUGCCGUGAGCCUGCAGAAUGGCAAAGAGUAUGCUGUCAAAAUCAUCGAAAAACAAGCAGGGCACAGUCGGAGUAGGGUAUUCCGAGAGGUGGAGACGCUCUAUCAGUGCCAAGGAAACAAGAACAUUUUGGAGCUGAUUGAGUUCUUUGAAGAUGACACAAGGUUUUACUUGGUCUUUGAGAAAUUGCAAGGAGGCUCCAUCCUGGCCCACAUCCAGAAGCAGAAGCACUUCAAUGAGCGAGAAGCCAGCCGAGUGGUGCGGGAUGUGGCUGCUGCCCUUGACUUCCUGCACACCAAAGGCAUUGCUCACCGCGAUCUGAAGCCAGAAAAUAUAUUGUGUGAGUCUCCAGAAAAGGUGUCUCCAGUGAAAAUCUGUGACUUUGACUUGGGCAGUGGGGUGAAACUGAACAACUCCUGCACCCCCAUAACCACACCAGAGCUGACCACUCCAUGUGGUUCCGCAGAAUACAUGGCCCCAGAGGUGGUGGAGGUCUUCAGGGACGAGGCCACUUUUUACGACAAGCGCUGUGACCUGUGGAGCCUGGGCGUGGUCCUCUACAUCAUGCUGAGUGGCUACCCCCCCUUUGUAGGUCACUGCGGGGCCGACUGUGGCUGGGACCGGGGAGAGGUCUGCAGGGUGUGCCAGAACAAGCUGUUUGAGAGCAUCCAGGAAGGCAAGUAUGAGUUUCCUGACAAGGACUGGGCACACAUCUCCAGUGAGGCCAAAGACCUCAUCUCCAAGCUCCUGGUUCGAGAUGCAAAGCAGAGACUGAGUGCCGCCCAAGUUCUGCAGCACCCCUGGGUGCAGGGGCAAGCUCCAGAAAGGGGACUCCCCACGCCGCGAAUCCUCCAGAGAAAUAGCAGCACGAUGGACCUGACACUCUUCGCGGCUGAGGCCAUCGCCCUUAACCGCCAGCUUUCUCAGCACGAGGAAGACGAGCUGGCAGAGGAGUCCCUGGCUGAGGGCUUGUGUUCGGUGAGGCUUUCUCCUCCAUGCAAGUCACGCCUGGCCCGGCGGAGGGCCCUGGCCCAGGCAGGCCGCAGUGAUGACCUGGAACUGUGUCCAACUCCCACCACACUCUGACCCACUCCGGCCACACCCUCCAGGACCUCAGCCUGCCCGGGCUUGGCCAAAGUCUGCAGAGCAAGUAGAGCGAGCUGCUCUGUGGCUCCGUCCAGGCCACCCAACCCCCCAUUUCCCCAGAGUCCUCAAGGAAAAAGCUCUUUCCAAAGGGGUUCUUUGAAAAGGAAAGCAAUCACUUGUCACUUUGCAUAAUCGCCUGCGGCAGGGACAUCUCUGCUGGGCUCCUGCCCACCUGCUCACCCGCCUGCGGAUCCCGGAUGCAGCCUGCUCUCCUGGGCAGCAGGCGGCAGUGGCGGCUGGGGCUGCAGCCUUCAGGGAGCCAGCCUUGAGAAGCAGCAGUUGACAGAGGCUCUCUCUUCUCUUUGCACUGUCACCCUCCCCCCACCCCCCCGCUGGUCCUUCCACCUUCCUCUGUCCUCCGGAUGUCCUCCCCUGGCUGAACAAAGCCAUCCCCUCACUUCAGGAGAGGGCAGGGAGCCUUCUGCGUUCAGGAGGCCAGAUCAGUCUUCCAGUCUGUAGCGCUGGAGAAGCACAUAAUCUUUCUUUGCCGGGACCAAAACGUGUCCCUCAUGUAUCAUCCCCUUCCUUGUUUGGGAUUGCUGCUGAAGUCCGUAUUAUUUCAUUUAAAAAAAUGUUUUUUUUUUAACCAUGCACUUCCAGCAAAGAUGGGACUUUCAACUCCCACUGCGAGCCCGUGGAUUUUCCAGAGCACGCAAUGGCUCGCUCUUCCUCAAAUGUCCAUGCAUGUGAAAGGUUUUAAUCAGUUGUUUCCUAUUAUUCUAACUGGUUUUAAGCUGUUGAGAUGAUGCGUGACUUGGAGGCUGUGUCUGCUGGAGGGCAGCAUCAGUCCAGGGCAGUUAGAAGGAGCCGUGCGCCUGACGUGGCACCAGAUCGGAGGCAGCGCGGGUGCCUGCUGCCAGAGAGUGAAGGCACAUCCGGCGUCAGAUAAGCUGGGCUGCGCAGCUACCUAGAGAAAAUUGAUUUGUACAAGUCAGACAAGACAUUUACACAAAACGACAAUGCUAUUAUACGAUGUGCUUGUUUUAAUAAAACUGUUUUAAAUUUUA